CGAUACCGUGGGGGUUGAUCAUCUCUCGUCCGAAUGGACAUCAUGGCAAUCCCCGUCAUCCCCCCUGGUCUACUCUCCACCCCGUUCUAGGUUUCCCUCCUUUUCGCCAUUAUCCUGUCCCUCUUCUCUCUCAGUGCGCUUUGUCGUGCCUCGUGGUUGGCUUGCUCUCCCUCCUUGUUUGCCUGUCCAGCGAGUCCUCCCAUCCCGUGUAUACUGUGCUUAUUCGGGUUAGCAACUUGGAUGGCUCUUCAUGGCGUUGGGAUUUUGGUAUUGGUGUUGCUGGUACCCUCCUUUUUGGACAAUGGGUGGUACAUUGAUUUGCUGGUUGGAGAUUCGAAGUGGCUCGAUUUGUUUCCGGCUCUGGCCCAUCCCACCCAGGCUCUUAUUUCUCUUGCUUCCCCUAGAAUCCUAGAGUUUGUCAGAUUGUAUUCUGUGGAUGUCUCUCCCCCGUUGAUUGCAGUCCUUUCAUUUGAUCAGUGGUCAGACCUGUUGUGGACAGCAGCGAAUGAUAAAGCUGGGUUCCUUGGCCUCACCAAGUACUUGGUCACCAAGGCGAAGGAUAUUGCUGGCGAGGAUGAGCUGGUCUCAAUUUGUAUUGAUGGUGACGUGGCCAUGAAGGAAAAGGUGUUUAUUGACUUGUUUGGUGCGGAGUCCAAUUUUCAUGCGGGUUUGGUCCAGAAGGACCCAGGGAUGGUUGGUGAUGAUGAGGGGUCCGGUGAGGAGGAGGAGGAGGAGGAUGAUUCGCUUGCCUUGACGGAGGAGGAGAAAGCGUAUCAUUCUAAGUUACUGGAGGAAGGAAGAUUGGAUAAAGUGAAGGCGAUCGCAGCCAACCAGAAGACCUGUGCCAACAAGUUCCUAGCGUCUCUCACGGGGGAGGAAAUGGUGAAGUGCAAGGAGAAAGCCCUCACAGAGAACACUACCUUUAUCAGAGGGAAUUACCCGCUUACCCCUGAUGCGAUGAAGCUCCCCGUCAUUGGGGAUUUUGACCGGACUAAGUGUAGUGUAUCUGCGUCGGCACUUGCUGUGAGGGGUUUUCUGGGCCCUAAGGUACAGACUGCUAUUGCGGAGUUGAAGCGCAUAUGGAAUGUUGGUCGCCCUUAUCUGAAGUGCCAAUGUGUGGCGGAGGGAAAGGGGGACAGUGGUAAGAAUAUCUCAUGUUGUGAUGAUGUCUUUUGGUACCUUCUCUCCGACCUUCAUUACCUGUUCCCGGAGGCCCCGACCCUCAGAGCUCGUGCUCGUGCUUUCAGGGUCAGAGCGAGAUCUACGUGGCGGGCAGUUGUUCUGUCCUUGGUGGUGUUCGCACACAUGAGGGAGGUGAUGGUGAAGAUGGCUUUCAGUGUUGCAAUCGAUCCAUCUAGGACUGCCCAGAACAUUAUUGAUGAUCCGGCCAUCAUGCUCCACAAGUUCCCUCGGACCAUGGCUAAGUUCAUCCUUCCUGCUCGUUACGUCCGCACAGCAGAGAAAACGAGGUUGGAAGUCGUCCCUGCAGCAUCGGCCAAGAAGGUAACACCGGUACGCGGCUUCUUCUUGUUCAAUUCCACUGUCUCCAACUCUGUAAGGCGAUCAGACGCGUGGCAGCGUGUCUGUCUGUCGCAGGAGGGAGGAGAACAAGGACAUAAGAGAGAUCAGGAGGGAGAAGACGAGAGAGAGAGUGAGAGAGAGAGAGCACACAGCAUUCAAAGCGCAAUGUCGCCGUUUGCGGACAGUAAGAGAGGCUCGACAUCGGUAGUGCAUGACUUCCUCAGAUUCAUCAACAAUGCUUGGACGCCAUUUCAUGCCACGAGGGAAGUCGAGCGUAUGCUACUCGACGCAGGGUAUCAGCAACUCUCGGAGAGGGAUCACUGGCCGCUAGAGCUUGGUGGAAAGUAUUUCGUGACUAGGAACAUGUCCUCGAUCAUUGCAUUCUCAAUUGGUCACAGGUUCGUUGCCGGAGAAGGCUUCUGGGUGGUUGGAGCGCACACUGAUAGUCCUUGCCCCAAGCUCAAACCUGUAACCAAGGUGACAAAGGCAGGGUGUUUGAUGGUAGGUGUGCAGCCUUAUGGGGGUGGUAUCUGGCACACGUGGUUUGACCGUGAUCUGAGUGUUGCGGGUCGUGUAAUGGUGAAGAAGUCGGCGGACCAGUUGGACAUGGCACACUGCCACGCAGUCCCAAAUGGGAAUGGGAAUGGGCAUGCUGUUGCAAACGGGAACGGCUAUGCGGCCCCGAAUGGAAAUGGGCAUGCGGUUGCAAACGGGAACGGCUAUGCGGCCCCGAAUGGAAAUGGGCACGCGGUUGCAAACGGGAACGGCUAUGCGGCCCCGAAUGGAAAUGGGCAUGCUUUCGCAAAUGGGAACGGCCACGCAGUCCCAAAUGGGAAUGGGCAUGCUUUUGCAAAUGGGAAUGGCCAUGCAGUCCCAAAUGGGAAUGGGAAUGGGCAUGCGGUUACAAAUGGGAACGGUCACGCAGUCCCGAAUGGGAACGGGCAUGUGGUUAGCAAUGGGAACGGACAUUUCGGAAAUGGGAACGGGCACAUAUCUGCGAAUGGUCACAGCCAGAAGACGCCAGUUAUCGCCUCCGAGCUUGUGUUGAUCAGAAGGCCAAUCAUGCGCAUCCCGACGCUCGCCAUCCAUUUGGACAGGUCCGUUAACGACGGGUUUGCGGUGAACUUCCAAAAUCAUAUGGGGGCAUUGCUGGCAACAUCCAUCAAGGCUGAGAUGAACAGAGUGGCGCAGCUGAGACUGGGUGAAGAAGCCUCUUUCAGUGGGAACUACGGAGAGGAGGACUCUUCCCCCGUCAAGAAUACAAUGCAGGCCAAUGGAAAGGUCUCUCGACCGUCAAGAAGUACGACCCCAACAUCAAUGACAAAGGUUGAAGAACAGCCGAGUCAUCACGCUGUUCUGUUACAGGCGUUGGUGGAAUCGACAUCAGCACAAGACGCACUGUACAAUGAGAGGGGCGUGCGGAUGGUAGCUCUGUUUGACAAUGAGGAGGUUGGGUCCAAUUCGGCACAAGGUGCUUGCUCGACACUCAUGAGAGAUGCCAUGACACGGAUUACAGAAUGGGCAGCAAUAAUGCAGGGAUCACAUUAUGGAAUCUCUGGGUUGGUUGAGCAAGCAAGCCAAAACAGCUUCGUUGUGUCAGCAGAUAUGGGCCAUGCUCUUCAUCCCAACUACCAGGAUUUCGUUGUUCGCAGUGACUUACCGUGUGGAUCAACAAUCGGACCUUCUGUGUCGACGCGACUCGGAAUUCGGACUGUUGAUGUCGGUGCGCCGCAGCUGUCGAUGCACAGUGUUCGGGAGAUGUGUGGUGCAGAUGAUAUUGACCAUUCAUUCAGACACUUGAAGGCGUACUUUGAAGAUGUCGGUGAUCUACUGCUGGAAAUCGUUGUUGAUGAAUGAGGGCGAACAGUCCAGUUUCGACUAGAAUCCGACUUCUCACAUCUACAUGCACUUGCACUUGCACAUACUGCAUAUAUCCCUAUCCAUACCCGCCUGAAAUCUGUACAUAUAAUCAUCAAUCACACCACCCCACCAGACGACAGUGAACAGCUCACUUCAGUCGAUACCAUUCCCCGCACUUGGUACCGCAUCACAAUUGGAAUAGGUACCACGCACAGUUGAUACAAGACACCACAGUUGGUGCCACACACAGCAUAGUUACCACAGUUGACAGCACACCACAGUUACCCCAGCUGCCACCGUUACCCGAGUAACCGCAGUUACUUUUGGUUUGACAAUUGGUAUCUGGGAAGGAAACACGAAUAAACGGCAGUGAAUUCCAGACCAUAGUUAGCACAGUUCACACCACAGUUGUCACAGUUAACAGUUAACAACAUAAUUACCACUGUUAUCACAGUUGGCACCACAGUUACCACAGUUGGCACCACAGUUGGCACCACAGUUACCACAGUUCCACUCAGGUUCUCGAAAAUUACCACAGUUAGCACAGUUACCACAGUUCCACUCAGGUUCUCGAAAGUUACCACAGUUAGCACAUUUACCACAGUUACCACAGUUGGCACCACAGUUCCACUCAGGUUCUCGAAAGGAGUUCGACUCAACGCAACUGAGUUGACAAGCUGACACCGCCGCACUUGAGGAGUUUCUUCACAGAAUUGUUUGUAGGGGUCCGAGUUGGGGUCAGGUGUGUGAAGACUACGCCUGACUCUGAGCGGGCGUAGUUUACUGAUCUUUUUCAUUCGGGGUUAAAAUUGAGCGUAGGAACUUGGAAACAUUCUGUCAAAAAUUUACUGAUCCUUUUCAUUCGGGGUUAAAAUUGAGCGUAGGAACUUGGAAACAACAUUCUGUCAGUGUUUUCGUUGUUACUUUCCACUUCAUUGGUGUACAUAUGUUUAUAUGUGAAGACUUUUGCACUUUUGCA